CGUGUAGUCACUCUGUGAAAGCAUUUGUAGUAGCGCUCUUGAACUUCAGCGCAAGAAGAUUGCGUUGUGAAACAUUACUCCAGCGGGAAAUUCAACUGGUUGAAAGUAGAUGCUGUAGUAGUUGUGCCAUGCUGUUGCUCCCGGAAGUGUGAAAUCAUAUAUUCAUCCAAAAAAUUGAAGGCCUAUGAAAGCAGUUCAUCCUAUUGUGCAUGCAUUGCAAAUCUAGAAAUAUCCUAAAAGCCUCGGUAAUCUUCAUAAUUGUCUAAUUAUAUUUUUAGAUCAACUGAAGGGAAUCUCUUUUCUGCCUUUUGGUUAUGUAUAGUUGAGUUUUUGGCUCAGAGUGUAGUUAGCCAAAGAAGUCGUAGUGUUAGAAUUUUGUUACUCCUUGAUACAAAAUUAACUAAUUUAUAGAAUUGUAUUAUUUUUUUAUUUGAGUAGUAAUGAUAAUGAAUUUUCUUUAUGUGCCAUCUCUUGCACAUAUGUCUCUUGUGAAGGUAGCUGUUGCUGUUUAUAAUGUUUCCAAAAUUACUGAUUUGGAAGGAGACUCUCGACUUCCAUUGUCCCUGAUUCAAAAUGAAAAGCUGGAAGCAACUUUUAAAGAUUAUGUAAUCAAAACUCGGCUUCCAGAACGACUACAGAAAAAAGUGAUUUCUUUAAUCAGGACCAUAAACGUAGAAACCGAGAAAUGGAAAUGGCGCCAUUUUAAAAUUCUAGAUUGGAAUGUGGAUGUACGUAAAUUUCUUGUUUGGAAAUUGGAGGGAACUAUCGAUCGGUAUAGAACUGCUGUGAGAUUAAUAAAAAAUGAUAUUUUAUCCAUUAGUAAAAAAUUUCUAUUGGCAUGUUGCUAUUGUUUAAGCGAGUAUGCUGAAUCAUUAUGGGUAAGCAUGUCUGAAUUGCAAAGAAAACAAGUUUUAGAUGAAGAUGAACCUUAUCCUUCUGUCGUGAAAUAUUACAUUGAUAAAUUCCAGGGAGAAAAUAUAGAGCUACGUGUAGAAUACUGCCGUACAGUUGCAGCUUUGAACUAUUUUUUGGCGCAGUCUACUUCUGAACAGCGCAUAUUAUCUUUAUUAAUUGCUGUUCGACCAAAUUCACGGGACAAUCAUAUUUUGCGAUUUUGCCUCUCGCAAAUGAAAGGUGAUGAGCUGGCAAAGGUGUUUGAACAUUAUCCUUUAGACGUGCUUUCUUGCUUCAUAGAAUGGCCAUUGCUACCAUUCUUCUUAGAUAUUGCGAAUCAAUUGUGGACUUAUCUUCCUGCGUAUCAUUUCUUCUUAUUCUUGGAGUUCUUAAUGAGCGAAAGAAUCGUACCAGGCUGGAAAGAUUUUGAUUAUGAAGGACUUCUUGUACAGUUUUGGCUUCAGAGUCCUUCCAGUUUCAAGGAGUAUGUUAAACAAGAUAGGACCUUUGAUAUCAACUUAUUAACAAGCAUUUUAAGUAGAAAUCGAGUUCAAUUGACCUAAAGUGCAGA